AUGCGCCCCUGUACCGCCUCCUCAUGCUGCUGCCAGGUCCAGAGAGUGUGUCAUGGGCCCCCGUACUGACUCCUCAUGCUGCUGCCAGGCCGUAAUCUGUCAUGGGCCCCUGUACCGCCUCCUCAUGCUGCUGCCAGGUCCAGAGUGGUGUCAUGGGUCCCUGUACGGCCUCCCAUUGCUGCUGCCAGGCCCGUAAUCUGCCAUGGGCCCCCGUACCGCCUCCUCAUGCUGCUGCCAGGCCCGUAAUCUGCCAUGGGCCCCCGUACCGCCUCCUCAUGCUGCUGCCAGGUCCAGAGUGUCUCAUGGGUCCCUGUACGGCCUCCCAUUGCUGCUGUCUCCAUCGCCACACUCUGCCAUGUGCCACUUUCAGGUCUCCUCACACUGCUGGUGGGUUCCAUUUUGUCAUAGGGUGCUGUAUGGCCUCCCAUUGCUGCUGCCUCCACCGCCACACUGUGGCUCCACACUCUGGUUUUGGCCCCGUGACUGCCCAAAUGAGUGAAGUGUGCGGUGAUUCUAAGAUCGACGGCACUCAUCUGCAUGUCAUACUGACUGAUAGUAUUAUUUCUCUUCCCCAGCAGACUCCAAGGGCAUUUAAAUUAAAGGUACAGUGUUCUGCACUAAUAUAA